GGUCUCCCCAUUUCAGCUGUCAACAUUUCAGGUCGCAAUUUGAAUCGUUUCCAAGUUGGCUUUCGAAUCGUCAGUACGUGGAUCGGCCAAGAUACCCACCCCAACCCGAGGCCAGUCCAGUGAAUCAUUGAUUGAGUGUCGUCGGGGUGUUCAUCUCAGUGCUGUUCCCGAACGGGACGCAAUAUGAACGCGGUCGAUCCCGUGGGCGGUGGGGGCCUCGAGGGGUCGUCGGGCCCACCCCAAAGUGUUUCGCCCACCAUGACCAACGAAUCGGAUUCGGGCUACAGUCGCACCAGUGGAUCCCCCAGCAAAUCUGAGGCCCUCGAUGCCGGUGAUACCGAGGCUGGUCCGGAUAUCGCCGAAGAGGAGGAGUUCCGCUCGGCCACCGAGGUCUUUAAAGACCCCAAUGCCUUUGAAUUCUUGAGUCAACACGGUGGAGGCGGGACUGGCGGCGGGAUGGGCGGAGGCCAUGCUGGUCUGAGUCAACUGGCCCGGGAGUCGCUCUAUGUCAAGUUUGAUCCGUUGGUGGGCGGACGACCCUCGGUCAUGGGCUUAAUCAACGCCGGUCAGGAUCGGGACCGGGCUGCCACGCCCACGUCGGAAACCCGGCCGGAUUCCCAAGCGCCCACGCCCACCAGUCCCAACGCAUCGUCUGCGGAUCGAGAUCUGAUUGCCAUGAACUCGCCCUCCCCCCAAAAGUCCAGCGGCGACUCGUCCACGCCCCGUUCAUUUCCAUCUCAUGCCGAGGGCGGGGGUGGUCCGCGCUCGAACCGCGCCCAGGGCUCUGUGGGGGCGUCGCCUCAUCAACUUGAGUUCCAGGAGCAAUUGCUCCGGAAAGAGUCACAGAUCGCCGAGCUGGAACAGAUCAUCCAGGAGAGUCUGAGCACCAUUGAGGCCUUGAAAAUCGAAGUCAAACGGCGCAAAGAGUCUGAAGACCAAAUGAAACAAGUCCUCAAGGAAUACGAAAAGACCAUCUCGGAGUUGAUCGCCCAAAAAGAGAAGGAAAAGGAGCAAUUCCAGACCGAACGACAAACUAUGAUGAGCGAGCGCGAUCAAGCCGUGAUGGACCUCCAGAAUGUGGAGAGUGCUUUUAGUGAUGUUCAUCGGAAAUAUGAACGGACGAAGCAAGUCGUGGAAGGCUUCCGGCAAAACGAAGAAACCCUCAAAACCUGCGUAGAUGACUAUCAACAGAAACUGCGUAAGCAAGACCAAAAGUAUGAGUUGCUCAAGAAUCACGCCGAGGAUACUUUGGACAAAGCCAACAAAGAGAUCGAAAACAUUGCACGCCAGCAAGAGGCCGAGAUGGCCAGGUUAUCCGCCAUGCUGAAGAAGACCGAGAUGAAAGCCUCGAGUCUAGAAAAAACCGUGGAGCAAAAGACGCGAGAAAAUGAGGAACUCACUUCAAUAUGUGAUGAACUCAUAUCAAAAGUGGGCCACGGACCCUCUUGAGGCGAUAAAUCUGUGGAACUGUUAUAUUGCAUUUGCCAGAAUUUACUUUUCUAUCUAACC